AUGACGGCAAUUCUCCGCUUACUUCCAACUGAGCUUCUGGAGAUGAUCUGCGCCUAUCUAGAAAAGGAGGAUAUUAGCUCAUUGCAUCUCGCCAGCAGAGACUUGUCUACCAAGACCCGCCCAGCCUUCUAUCUCGCUUGCUUUGAAACCGUCGAUUUAGUUCUUUGUAAAAAAUAUAUUGAACGCCUCGCUGAAAUCGAAUGCCAUCCACAAGCGCGGAAAGCCGUACGGAACUUUAGGGUCUGUGGUAAUCCGAAAGGAUUAGGGAGGCAAGCUCUUGCAGAGAUUCAAGGAGAGUGGCACCGCGCGCCAUCAGGCUAUCUGGAGCCGCCGUUCCCUGUGGACAUCGAUAUUCUUCUGGGUCCGAUUCUCUCAGAUGGCUUCCCAAAUUGCCACAAUUUUAAGGUGGUAUAUAUGCCCUGCGACCACAAUCACCGUAACUUAAAUUGGGUUACAGAAGGUGAUGCAUUAGGCUUCUUGCUGCGCUUCGUAGCUUUGUCCAACCGGCCUUUUUCAUCCUUUCACAUAGUGAUGAGCAGAUUUUGUUCCGACGCACCAUUGAGUUUAUCCCGUGUACCGUUAUCGGUUCUUCAAGACCCAAAAUUUACACGAAGAUGGCAAGAAAACAUCCGGGAGCUCAAUAUUGUCCUCCCGAGGACUGUUCCGAGUGGAUCUUUCAACGGUCCAGAAUGCCCCGUCUCUAUGCUUGUAGCAAAAGCUGCAAGCCUUACCAACUUUUCUCUGAAAUUUUUCCAUACUGGUUUAUUUCGUCAGAUUCUCGUUACUGCUCCUUCAUGGAGGCCGCCACUUGAGCAUCUCACGCUCUAUGACCAGAAUCAUGAUGACGAAUCUCCCGAUACGCGCGCGCUUUGCAGCUUCUUGCUCUCGUUCAAAACGAGUUUACGUAGUAUCGCCAUCAACACCCUGUUUCUACCUGAAAAAGAUGCCUGGAAAGCUGUGCUUCAAACACUAGCACAAAGCUUUGCUCUUCUGUAUUGGAUUGAUUUUGAGGAUUGGUUUGUAAAGAAUGAGGAAGGCGUUGUAACUAAACUGGCUUUUACAGGCCUUGCCAGCAGAGAUAGUAAAGUUGGCUUAACCCUCUGUCACGAUGCACGCCAGGAGGUAACGGGAAUCAAGUAUAGAGGGCCGGACAAAGACACUGUGUUACAUUCUUUACUUAGAGAGGGUUUUCCCUCUCCAGCAGAAGAGGUGUGGUAG